UGGGGACCCUACCGGGAAAACCGGGAAUGCCCUUUCCCAGGCUUAACCUCUGUUAUCCCUUGUUAUUCUUACAAAUCUCAUUAUAUCUCUCUCAAUCCUUUCAAAUUUCUAAUCUUAUAUAUUUCUCUAAAUCACUGAUAACAAAAGAAAGCUUCCCUAAUACUUCAAAUCCCUUAUUUUUUCAGACUAGUCUUUAUAUCCCUAGAUUGCGGACUGAGGAUUGCGGCGCGGAUUUUAAAAUUAAAAUUGCGGCUGCAGAAAUUUUUUUCAUUUGCGGACAUCCCUGA